CCCUCCGGACGGUGCGUACGCAAAAAGCCGCCACUGCAGCAGAUGGAGGAAGACUUCGGAUUCCUGCUGUGCGAGGGGUGCCAGAGAGAAACCACGAACCCCAAACUUCUAGCCUGCCUGCACAGCCUCUGCACCGAAUGCCUCAAAGAAAACAAGCCAGUUGCGCAGUGUCCUGUGUGCGACAGUCCCAUCCAGGGCCCCGACCAAGUUCCGCUUCAGGACAAUCUGCUCUUUGCGAACCUCCAGGCCAAGCUGAACACCUACCAGAAGAUUGCCAGGGAUCAAACGGUGGUCUGCAAUUUCUGCAAAGGUGGAGCAGAGUUUUGGUGCUCGGAAUGUGACGAGUUCCUUUGUCUGAAGUGUUACGAAGCUCACCAGUGGUUCUUAAAGAGGAAAAGCCACGAGGCCCAACGGCUGGCUGACCUGAGGAAGGAGACGGCCCAGAGUUUUCUGGAGGGGGCAAGGAAGUCUUGUAGACUCUUUUGUUCUGAACCCACCCACAACAAUCAGGUCAUAAGGUAAGGGUGUUCCUCAUCCAGGGCUGGCCAGCCUGGGGAGGUGGGAGCCCCCCAAAUCAUGGAUGUU